AUGCCGAGCUUAUUCUCAUUACCUUACAUCCUUGGAUCCCUGGUGGUCCUAGGUGUAGCUCAAGCUUGUUACUACUAUGUCUACCUCGAAUCACCUUACGACUACUACUACCGAUACUGUAAUGUAGGAUGCGCGGGAAUGGACCAAAACGAUGAAAACUUCAACCAAUGUUGUCUUCCCAUGACAUCUGGUCAAACUGCUCCUGCCGUCUGUCAAACUUUGUCCGCAUCUUGUGCUGCUGCUGGUACCACCUGUACUUGGGGAUCUGCUGUUCCUACAUCCGACCAACCUUCUACCUCUGCUCCACCAGCUACAUACACUCCUCCAGCUUACACUCCUCAAGCUCGAGAUGCCGCUCCUACCACCUCGACCGUCUGGAUAACCGAAACCACCACUACCCCAUGUGCUACCACCGAACAAGCCGCCGCGCCUACCACCUCUGCUGAGGAGUGCGAAUGCGAAGAUGAGGAAGGUGAAACUAGCGAAGCUGCCGUACCCACUUCAAGUGCCCCUGGUGAAGGUAACACUCCCGAUGAGGGAUUCAACUCCGAUUCUCGGAAACGACGAAGAAGAGGAUUCAAAGUUCGAAACCACUGUGUAUGCCCUACUUCCGCUCCUGCUGCUUCUACACCUGCACCUACCACAGAGAACGCCGCUACUCCCACCACUGCUCCUGCCGAGGAAGAGUGUGUAUGUCCUCCUGAAGGCGAGACCAGUGAAGCCGCCGUUCCUACAUCCAGUGCUCCUGGAGAGGGCGAUGCGGCUCCUUCAGGAUUCAGUGGAGACUCCAGAAAACGAGGUAUCAGAGCUAGAGGUGGUGAAUGUGUUUGUCCAUCUUCUACUUCCGCUCCUCCUCCACCUCCUCCCACGAGUACCGAGUGUGUCUGUCCACCUGAAGGUGAAACUAGCCAAGCUGCUGUACCCACCUCGAGUGCUCCAGGGGAAGGUGCUGCCCCGUCCGAAGGCUUCACGGGGGAUUCUAGAAGACGAGGUCUCAUCGCCAGAAACGGUGACUGUGUAUGCCCAACUACCUCCGCCCCUACUCCAACUACCUCGGCCGCUGCUGCGCCCACUACUUCCCCCGAGGAAACGCCAUGUGAUUGUCCACCUGAAGGAGAGACUAGCAACGCCGCUGUACCAACUUCUAGCGCACCAGGAGAGGGUGCGGCUCCUCCUGAAGGAUACUCUGGAGACUCAAGAAAACGAAGAGGUAUCAUGGUCAGAGAUACUUGUGUCUGUCCAACCACCAGUAUGGCUGCUACUCCUACUUCUAGUGCUCCUGCAGAAGGUGAUACACCCUCCGCUGGUUAUGCCGGUGACAGCAGGAAGCGAGCUAUCGUGGCUCCUCAAGCUAGGGAUACCCCUCCAGCGGGAUACCAAGGUAACGACAAACGAGGUUCCGCUCCUGGUGAAAACCACCGAAGAAACACCAACCCUGUUCAAACUGUUACUUCUACCACUUAUGUCACUACUGAUGACUGUGCUCAACAAACCGCUGCUCCACCGGCUACGACUGCUAACGCCGCUGCUCCUACUACUCAAGCGCCCUCUCCAUCUGCAAGUGCUCCAGGUGAAGGUGAUGCCCCUCCUGAGGGCUACGCCGGUGACUCCAGAAAGAGAAAGUUCAGAAGAUGGGGUGAUUUCUAA